UCCCCAACUUUUAUACCUCUAUUUAUAGUAAUAUAUAAGUGCAACCCCCCAACUUUCCUUAACACAAAGAAAAACACAUACUUUCCUACUAAAACCCUUCUAAAUUCUCUUAAUCAUGUUGAAAUCUCUCAAAAACUGCUUAAUUUCCACUCGAAAAUCGGCAAAAACCCUUGUUCACCAACUCAAAAUCAUCAAAAAAGUGACAAAAAUAUGCAAAAGCAAACCCCAAAAAAGGGGGUUUAGUGGUUUUGAUGGGAUGAAAUCAUCAUUUGCAAGCAUGGAAUUCAGCAGACAAUUAGAGUUAGUGUUCAAGUUCAUUGAUGCAAAUGGUGAUGGUAAGAUAUCUUCCCAUGAACUUAGUGAAUUCCUGGUAUGUGUUGGGCAUGAUAAGUCUAAAGUGGCAGAGGAAGCUUCUAUGAUGUUAAGAUGCUUGGAUGUUAAUGGGGAUGGCUUUAUUGAUUUGAAUGAGUAUAUGGAUGUUGUCAUGAUGGGUGAUCAUCAUGUCGAUUUCGAUGACGAAUAUGAUGAUGAUGAUGAUGAUGAUGAUGUUGAUUAUCAUUUUAAUGGUGGUUUUGAAGAUGAUCUUAUGGAUGCUUUUCUUGUUUUUGAUUGUGAUAAGAAUGGUUUGAUUUCAGCUAGGGAGUUGCACCAUGUGUUAAAGAGGUUUGGUUUUGCUAAUUGUAGUAUUAAGGAUUGUAAUCUUAUGAUUAAGGGGGUUGAUAAGGAUGGAGAUGGGUUUGUUAAUUUUGAAGAAUUUAGGCUUAUGAUGAUGGGAUAUGCUAAUUGAUCACCAAACCAAAAUUAAGAGGAUGACUACUUUUUGUGUUUGUUAUUGUGAUUUGGGAAGGAGAUAAUGAAUUUAUUGAGCUAAUUAAUCAUAAUUCUCUCAAGAUCAUGUUUUACUGAAAUUCAUACGGUUAAAUCAUUUAUUUAAUCUUGUUUUAUUCAUUUUUGUGUAAAAAGUUGUAAUAUAUAUGGUGGAAUUAUCUAGUGUGACUACAUAAUUUGCAUUUCAUUCAGAGUUGUUAGCUUGAUUGGCUAGUAUGGACUAAGGAGUAUAAGUUCAACUAUUGUACGGUGUAUAUAACACUUAUCUAUUCAAUGUUAAUGUCACCCAGAUUUUUUAUCCACCGCACUGGUGGGUUCUUGUA